GACGACUUGAAACCUGAUGGAGACUCUGAGGAAGUGUCCUCCUUGCUUCUUGGCCUUGGCCAUUGCUCUCUCUGUCCUCUCUGUCGCCAUGGCGACCGUCUUCUUCGAGGAGAGAUUUGAUGAUGGAUGGGAGGGCAGAUGGGUAAUGUCUGAUUGGAAAAAGAAUGAGGAUGCAGCAGGCAAAUGGAACCAUACUUCUGGUAAUUGGAGUGGGGACCCUAACGACAAAGGCAUUCAGACCGCUGAAGACUACAAGUACUAUGCCAUUUCAGCAGAGUUUCCAGAGUUCAGUAAUGAACACAGGACUUUAGUUUUCCAAUUCUCAGUUAAACAUGAGCAAAAGCUUAACUGUGGUGGAGGCUACAUGAAGCUCCUCAGUGGUAUUAUAGAUCAAAAGAACUUUGGUAGUGACACACCCUAUAGCAUCAUGUUUGGGCCAGAUAUAUGCGGAGAGACCUCUAAAAAGGUUCACGCCAUUCUUGCACAUAAUGGGAAGUAUCACAAUGUCAAGAAGGAUAUUUCAUGGGACAAGGAUCAACUAACACAUGUGUAUACCUUAAUCAUUCAUCCUGAUGCUUCGUAUAGAAUCCUAAUUGACAGUGAAGAGAAGGAGUCAGGGAGUUUGUUCACUGACUGGGGUAUUCUUCCUCCUAAAGAGAUUAGAGAUCCUGAGGCCAAGAAGCCAGAAGACUGGGAUGAUAGAGCCUAUAUUAUUGAUCCUGAGCAUAAGAAACCUGAGGGAUACGAUGAGAUUCCGAAGGAAAUACCAGACCUUUUUGCUGAAAAGCCGGAAGAUUGGAAUGCAGACGAAAAGGGUGAAUGGAAACCACCGAUGAUCCCAAACCCUGAAUACAAAGGACCCUGGAAAAUAAAGAAAAUUAGGAACCCUGAUUACAAAGGAAAAUGGGAGGCUCCAAUGAUCGAAAACCCAGAUUACGAAGAGGAUCCGGGUAUUUAUAUAUAUCCCAAUAUGAGAUAUGCAGCAAUUGAGUUAUGGCAGGUAAAGGCAGGUACCCUGUUUGAUAAUAUCUUAAUCUGUGAUGAUCCUGAGUACGCCAAGAAAUUUGCUGAAGAGACAUGGGGAAAGUUGAAGGAUGCUGAGAAGAAAGCAUUUGAAAAGGUUCAGAAGAAGGUGGCAGAGGAGGAGGGCAUUCUUGCUUCAACAAUUGAUGACGAACAUGAUGAUGAGCCAGACGAUGAAGAACCUGAUUUCUCGGACAUUAUGAAGAAGGAGAAAGGACAUGAUGAACUUUAAGGAGUUGCAUGGGAAAAAGGCUAGAUUCGAUUUUUCAAACGUGCUCGAGGAUAAAUUUCGUUGCAAACUUGCCAAUGUCAGUCGUCGUAAUAAGCCUAGAGCUUGAUGAAUGUGAAAUGGAAUGUUAAUAAAUAUGCAAACUUUUGCAUUGCGUGAACGGAUUUUGGAGGUCUAAUUGAUUCGCUAAUGUCUAAAAUCAAUUGGACAUGCUUUUAUUGAUUA